AUGGAACCAGCCCCAGGAGGGACCCCGGGCCUCGAGCUGCGCCCUCCGCCUCGACCCCUCCUGCGGUCGCCAUCCCGGCAGCCUAGGCGAAACCUCACCUGCUCGCAUCACAGGGAUGGGAACCGCGGGGAGGGGGCGAUCCUUUCGGGGGAUCUGGUCAAUCCACCUGCCGGCGCCCCUCGCUUGCUCCAGGUAGACACACAGAUGCGGGGCCAAGAGCCGACUGCUCCCUUGUUGAACCCGGACCUGGCUGUUCAGAGCGAGCCGCUCUACAAUCUCCCCUGGUACAAGUUGUCACCAUGAAACCAAAUUCCUCAAUUCACUCCCAAAGUACCACGAUUUCUAGACAGCACUGAGCAUAGGAGCAGCGGUUCCAGCAACCAAAAUUUGGUCCUCGGCGGCGGCGGCCAAAUCAGUGGUCAGAGGUGGGAAGCUGAAAAUUUACUUCUGCCAUCCCCAGUAAUUGCUUCCCUACUACCUGAUGGAAUUAAGACGUUCCAGUCAAUAUCUGUCCCUCAAACCUUGAACCAAGAGGGGAAGCUGCGGUUUCGCGGCUUCAAUUUCACAGAGGAGGAACUGAGCUUCGUUCUGUAUGGAGCCAUCGCUAGUCCAGAGCACCCAACCGACUUACAGCAUGCAAUUUCAGGCAUCCUGGUUCCCACAGAGAGUUCUGGGUCUAAUCAUCUUCAUAAAACCCUGGACAAAGACUCCCUUCAGCUUCCGGAAGGUCUCUGCCUCAUGCAGACCUCAUUUGGUGAUGAUGUGCCAUACUUUGGCGUGUUCUGCAGCGACUUCAUUGCCAAAGGAGUGAGAUUUGGACCCUUUCGAGGUAGAGUGGUCAAUGCCAGCGAAGUGAAGGCACACAGGGACAACUCUCGGAUGUGGGAAAUUUUUGAAGACGGUCACCUGAGCCAUUUUAUCGACAGCAAAGGUUCUGGGAACUGGAUGUCCUAUGUCAACUGUGCUCCGUUCCCCAAGGAGCAAAACCUGCUGGCCGUGCAGCACCAAGGGCAGAUAUUUUAUGAGAGUUGUAGAGACAUCCAGCAGAACCAGGAACUGCUUGUGUGGUACGGAAACGGCUAUGAGAAGUUCCUGGGCGUUCCCAUGAACCUCCGUGUCACUGAGCAAGGAGGCCGGCAGCUAUCUGAGUCCUCUGAAGAGUCUGCAGAAGGUUACAGAUGUGAACGCUGUGGAAAGGUGUUUACCUACAAAUACUACAGAGAUAAGCACCUGAAGUACACUCCCUGUGUGGAUAAGGGGGACAGGAAGUUUCCGUGUUCUCUCUGCCAAAGAUCCUUUGAAAAGCGUGACUGGCUCCGGAUCCAUAUUCUUCACGUCCAUGAGAGGCACCGGCCCUACCUGUGUUCAACCUGUGGGAAAAGCUUUUCUCAGUCUUCCAGCCUGAACAAGCACAUGAGGGUCCACUCUGGAGACAGGCCAUACCAGUGCGUGUACUGUACAAAGAAGUUCACUGCCUCCAGCAUACUCCGAACACACAUUAGACAGCACUCAGGAGAGAAGCCCUUCAAGUGCAAGCACUGUGGCAAAGCUUUUGCAUCUCAUGCUGCCCACGACAGCCACUUCCGGCGCUCACACAAGGACAAUGGCCGUAGCUCCUGCAAUAUUUGUGGGAAAGGCUUUCUGGAUCAAGAGGCUUUCUAUGCCCACAUGAGGCUUCAUAAAACAUGGUAG